UAGACACUACGCCGACCCUCUCCGGGGGUAACGUUUCAGUACACCCUAAACCAUCGUCGCGGUUAGAAGAUCCCUCUCGUACCUUCGUACUCGCACGUGCAUACACGCGCACGCAUACAUAUCGUAAGCACGCACCGCAGCGUAAACGCGUGGUAUAUUCAUCCCUUUGUUUACAAUCGCCGGCCUGCGUACUCGCUCCUUUCCAAUUCUAUUCCGCUCUUACGGAGAUCCGCUAAACAUUUCCGUUCCUUUAUACAAUCGUGUUCGAAUGUGAUGUUCGAUUAUAAUCGCGACCGCUUCGUCUUUUGAAGUCUUUGUUCGAUGAAGAUCGGGAUCCUCGAUGAUUUCACGUCGAUGAUUUACGUGUCGCAGCUUUAAUCGCACCCCCAGGAAGUCGCGUACGGUCACGGUCUCGCUCGAAUCCAGCCAGAUUAAACUCAACUCUUGCCCUUCGGGGAAUGGGCAUCACCACUACUACCGGCGUUAAAAUCCAAGCUGCGUGAACGUAAUCGAACACAGUGUCGUGGGAGCGAAAGUGGCGGGUGGUGUGUUUACUGCGGUGGCGGCGAGGGUAUUAUCCUGACGGAACUAAAACUGGUCAGGUCAGUAACACGGGAUGCGACUAAAGUCCUGCCUCGCGACCUUCUAUCUCCUGUUGCUUUCAAUCAUCUCGCCCUAUAUCGCCCCGGCACUUGGUUCCGAUAUACUUCGAUACAAACGUUCGAGAUAUCGUUAUUUUACGGCGGACAACGAUAAUGGCGUAUCGCUGAGCACGGGAGGAAUUCGAUCCACAACGUCGACCUCGAUAGACGAUGCAUCCACAACAGAUUCGGAGUACUGGCACGCUCGUAACACUGGCAAUCCGUGCCUGGAGAAGUAUUGCGGCGCGGGAAGAGAGUGCCAAGUUUCCGUGAACGGCGACAAGAUCGUUGCCGCGUGCGUCUGCGUUCGAAGAUGCACGCGACGGCAUCGACCGAUCUGCGCGAGCAACGGCAGAAUUUAUGCCAAUCGCUGCGAGCUGCAUCGGGUUGCCUGCAACGCCGGCAUGCCGUUAACCACGCGGAGGCUCUCCAGAUGCCUGAGCAAUGGUAAUUACAGCGCGCAAGCACGGAAGGAUUUCUUUUCAUAUCACGCCUCGUCCGAUAGUAAGAACAUCCUGUACACCAAGUCCAAGAAUAAGAUCAAGCAUCAUCCAGCAAGCAUAUCGAUCCCGCAAAAGAAUAGUCACGGUAUCGAGAAGUGUUCGGCACAAGAAUACGAAAUUAUGAAAGACAAUUUGCUUCUGUAUAACCACGCGAGAUUAAUGGCCGAAGAUAAUCACAGUAAGGAAUACUUGGUCAGCAUCAUGUUCUCUCACUACGACAGAAACAAUGACGGUAAUUUGGAGCGAGAGGAGCUCGAACAGAUCGCCGAGGAAGAGAACAUGGAGGAAUUAUGCGCGGGAUGCAAUCUGAGCCAUAUGAUCAGCUACGAUGACACCGACGGUGAUAGCAGAUUGAACGUUAACGAGUUUUACAUGGCCUUCAGCAAGCUUUACAGUGUAUCGGUGGUAUCGUUGGACAAAUCCCUCGAGGUGAAUCACAUAUCCGCGCGAGUAGGUGACAACGUGGAGAUUAAGUGCGAUGUCACCGGAACACCACCCCCGCCCCUGAUCUGGAGACGUUAUGGCACGGAUGUGGAGACCCUUAGCGAGCCGGAGAUUCGCGUAUUCAACGACGGUAGUCUCUAUCUGACAAACGUGCAGUUGGAAUAUGCUGGUAACUACACAUGUCACGCUCUCAGAAAUCAAGAUGUGGUGCAAACUCAUAUGCUCACUAUUUACACUGUACCUGAGGUCAAGGUGACACCACAAUUUCAAUCCAAACGGCCGAAAGGAGCGGCAAAGAUGAAGUGUCAUGUGGUAGGCGAGCCUCUUCCACGAGUACGAUGGCUGAAGAAUGAUAAACCCCUGAGCGAGGAUCGGCCGGACAAGUACGAGGUGAUUGGCAAUGGCACCAAGUUGCUAGUCAGAAAGGUCGAUUAUGCCGACACCGGUGCCUACAUGUGCGAAGCGACAAGUGCUGGGGGAGUUACGAGAGACAUUAGCAGUCUAGUGAUUCAGGAGCAACCUACACCAAUUGCGACAGAAGAGGAACGCAGAUUCUUCUCCUUUCACGAAUGGGGUAUCUUGGUAUACGAGCCGUCUACCUGUCACUCGUUGCAUGAAAUUCGAUCCACAGACAUCAUACCCGGCACUCAGGAAUAUGUCUGCGGACCGAAAAAUGUUCCUUGUUCCUGGGGACGUGCCAUAAACGUCGCUAAUAGAUACGUAUACGUUAGCCAACCGGAGAAGAAUCGCGUGCUUGUAAUUAGCGAGGUGCAGAUGAUGAUAAUCGAUGUAGUGGCUACGGACAAGAAUCCUGUGGAUCUGUGGUACGUACAGAAUCUCGAUUACGUCUGGAUAUUGAAUUGGAGGAGCGAGAUGAACGUUGGCGUCAAGACCGUACAGAUAAUUAAGGAAGCUGCCCAACGAAAGAAACACCAUACCGUACGACCGGAGCCGAUUGAUGCGCAAUUCGAUCUCGUGAAAGGCCUAUAUAUUCCACAGCUGCGAGAUACGAAACAUACAUUCAAAUACGGUUACGUGACCCAUACGAGUCAGCACGGCAUGUAUAAGCUCGACCUGGCCAACAUGAGAUACACUCGUACUGUCAACUUGGCAAGCUAUAACUGCGUGCCAACAAGCGUGGAAUUUUCUGAUCUGUACGGUUUCGUGAUAUUGGGAUGCGAAGAGCCGAUCACCGGUCGUCCGACUGGUCAAGUGUUGUUGGACUAUCUUACUGAUAGCGUUCUUGCUCAUAAACCGAAUAUCCUGGGGAAACCAGCGAUCUCUCCUGAUUCCAGAUAUCUGGUCACUCUCGACAAGCAGGACACCGGUGUCACUCUUGUAGUACAGGAGAUAUUGCCAAACGGAUUAAAAUUCGCAUUCGAUGUAAAAACGACUUUAAAUAUCAGCGAUAUCGCUUUCUAUCCGUCGCAGACGACCCAUAGUUACGAUAUAUACGCCUCAUCAAUAGACAAAGAAGAUAUUCUCUUCCUAGACUUGACUACCGGCAAAGUGGAAAUGAUAACAGGUGUAGGAAAGGCAACACCACCACACCUGACCAAAUGGGGCAAUCCGAAUAGACCUAUAAUACAAAGCGGUAUAUUUGGUCGAUACAUGGUAAGCCCGUCCAACCAGGCACUCUUUGUUCUCAACGGUGAGACCCGCACGGUGAAUUGCGAGAUUGGUGGCCUUAUACAUCCCGGCGCGAUUGUUUGGUUUACUGUUUCACUGCGUUAACGAACGUAGCUACGCGACAACGACAAUACGAGACAUACGUAUAUAAAUUGAACAUAUAGGGAUCGAGUGGGUACCAAAAUCAAUAUCGAGAAAUUUUAGAUGAAAUUAAAAAAUAUAUGUAGAGAUCAACGACGGUGUCAAGAGUGCCUUCAUCUUCCCUAAGUAUUAAUUUUCAUAAUGAAUGUAUCGCACAGGCAUUUCCGCAUUAUGAUUAUAUCAUAUUUGAAAAGAAAACAGCAACACUAUUUCAAAACAAAAUGUAACGAGAUAAAAGAUAAAAUGUAUUAGAUUGUGAUUUUUAUAUUAUAUUUAUAAUCAUAUUUUUAAUUUAUAUCACGAAUUAAUAUAUAAAAGUUUAUAUAUUAUAAUUUUAAUUCCUAUUCUCAUAUAUUUUUUAAUUAAUAAACCAAGUAUUAAUUAAUAAAUCAAUGCGUACUCGAAAAAAAUAUAACAUGUAUAUAAUUGUUACACAUUAACGUUUUAAAUUAUUUAAUUUUAUGUAUAAUCAAAAUAUUAAUUCAAAUAAAAUAUUGAAAGAGUGGAUAUAAAAUAUUGAAAAAAAAUUAUAGUUUUUAAACUAAUCGUUAAUUUAAAAGAAUAAAAAAAUUCAGAACGUCACAGAAGAACAAUUCUUAUCACGCAACACACUCCACUAUAUAAAAUAAUCCGAAUAAAUUAAUGAAAAUUGUUUUUUAUGCGUUAUUCGAGUGAAAUAAAUUAAUUUCAUAAUCUUUUGUAAAAUAAUCCACAUUUUUAGAAUUCGUAAUAAUUAAUGAAAAUAAUAUAUGCACAUUGUUAUCAAUACAUAUCAAAUAUCAACUGUCAAAAUAUUCAAUAUGUAUUAUGUUGCGGACAUAGUUGCUGUUUCCUUAAUUUGCAUCACUCUUCUAAUGCACAUGAAUAAUCUCAAUCAAAAAUCAAUAUAUUUUCAAGAAUUUCAAACUUUGAUUUUUGCAAAUGCUUAAAAAAUGAUCUCUACAUUUAUUCGUAAUGAUUAAAAAAAAGCGACGAUAGGAGAAUGUAUCAUUCUCUUGCAUAUCUGUAUCAAAGCUUAAGAUCUAUCUGUAUUAAAACUUUCAAUCUUUUAUCUAGAUACGAUACAUUCGUUCUGAAAAUAUUUAUCUAGAGAAGAUGAAAACAUUACGCGUGUCAUAAAGUUGAGUAUGUGAGAAUAAUGAAUUAUAGGAAACAAAGGACAAUGAGAUGGCUAUAAUAGAAAAAUGAGAAACAUAACGAAACGCUAUAUAUAACGUAAACAUAACAAAUAUAAAAGAAUAAACAAGCUAUUAUUAAAUGUACAGCGCAUUGAGUAGAACAGAUGCACUCGUAAGAAUGGCCGAUUACGAAAAAUAUAUACUAUUAAAAAAUUCUUUUCUAAAUGGGCGCACAUAAUUUAUAUCUGUUUCUAUUAUUUAUUUACUAUAUUUUGUUUAAAUUGCUAAUCGCUAUAUUUCUGCACGCAUAAAUAUACAAAACGAUUUUAUAUCUGUAUUGUUUAGAUUAAACAUCAUACUAGAAUGCUAGUUGUAGGCCUUUUGUUGCAAGUGCAUUUAACUGUCAUCUGCUGUACAUUAUUUUGCAUAGAAUAAAAAAAUUAUGUAUGUUAUUAUAUGUAUUUCGAUAAAAAUGUGUGAUUACCUUAGGAUACCAUUAGUAACAAUUAGUCCAAGAGAAUUCAUUGUAGAGAUUAGAAGGCCAAGUCUGCUAGAUUCGCGUCUUAUGAAAAAAUUGUAAGACGGCGAUAGUAAGGUUCUUUUAUAUCAGAAAAAAAAGAAAAAGAAACGUGAGAAACCUCUCCUCCCACGAGUUGGUUUUACAAUAAAUAAAACUUUGAAAACCGUUUCUGAUUGCGCGUAUAUACAUACAUAUAUAAUAAAGUUACAACAUAGUAUAUCAAAACAAUUUAUAUAGUAAUCCGCACGUGAAACAUCAGUAUUAUAUCGAUGCUGCGCUGAUACGGGCGCAUGUUGAACUGCGAUUAGUAUCUUGUAAUAAAAUUGCAAUAUAUAACUAAUUUAAUAAAUAAUCCAUAAACGUAA